AUGUUGGCAACUACAACAACUAUAGCAGAUAUUCAACCAACUACAACAAGUAGAAAAAGAAGAUUUUUCAAGAGAAAUUCAUCAAUAACACCAAGUGUUUCUUCUUUGGGAGAUACUGAUUCAAAUCGCAAUAGUGGGAGUAUAGAUCAACAAGAAACAAUUCCACAAGUUGUUCAACAGCCAGAGUUGACUUCUUCAAAAAAGGCAAAGAAAAACAGAAGGUUUAUUAAGAAGCAAAAAAAGAAAUCCACCUCCACCACCACUCCAAAAACUCCAAAGAAAUCAGAAACCACCAAAAAGAGAAAAAGAAACAAUGAAUCAAAAUUAGAUAAGGACAAGAAUCCAAAAGAAGCAACUAUCAAAGAAAACAAUGGAAAUAAUGAAAUGAUUCUUUUAGCAAAGAAAGCCAAAUUGAUUCUCUCAAAAAUCAACAACACACCACUACUCAUUCCAGAACAAAAACCCAUCACUGAGAAAUUCAAAGUAGAAGGUGAAAUAUCAAUCAAUGGUAGUUUUAAUACCAAUUCUCAAGUGAGAGAUGAUCUAUUCAUUGAAACUCUGUUGAAGAACAAUCAUCAAAAGAUUCCAGAAGAAGGUGUGGUAUGGCCACGAAUUCGUAAAAUAAUUGCAACAUGUUACAAUGGACACAUGCUAAAUGGGAAGAAAUUCUUCUCUGGAGAGGAUGUUUGCGUUGCCUCAUUACUCAACUGGUUGAUUGAGCUGGUACCUGAGUUUUCCAGUUCCAAUGUAGAAAUAUUCAAGAUGGAGAGGCAUUCAUUGAGAAAGGCAGAAACGACAAGAGUAUCUCUGGUUUUGAAUAUGUCCAAUUUCUCUCUGUCAUUUGACGGAAUUUCGAAACAUGAUUUUGAAAUUGCUGCCAAGCUGGUCGAAUUAUUGACCCAGUUGUUUUAUUCGAAUUUGAAACAUUUAAUUGUAAUUGGUAUUGAAAAACGCCAUUCUCUCUUUACCAAAUUUAUGGAAAAGGAUACAAAUAUUCCAUUAUCUAUCAAGGAGAGAAUAUGUAAGUUAAUAUUAGAAAAUAAUAGUGGAAUGAUAUCUCUUGAGUUGUAUCCGAAACUUGCAAAGGAAUUCAAGAAUUAUUCCAAAUUACUUGCUUGUUUCUUUGCUAUAAAACAAGAUGAAUUCAGACACUUUAGUUUGAAUAAGGGAGAUGUUUCAAAGUGGCCAUGUUUCGCCAAGUAUUCCCUUUUCAAACAUGUUUUUUCAUUGGCAAUGAAAGAAUCAGAAGUUUGUUCAUUCCUCCAACUAUAUUUCCAGUUAAAGAAGGAAUCAAAUUUAGCCAAAAUGGUUCAAAAUCAACUCAAAAUUUUGAGAAAAGGAAAUUCUGAUGGUGAAUCCACUUUUGAAUUGUGUAUUAUUUAUUUGAUUCUAAAAGCAUCCAAGAAAAUUAGAGAAAAUUCCAAAGAAGAAACUAAUGAAUUGAAAUUAUCCAUUCAAGAAUUUCAAGAUUGUAAAGAGUUUUUAGUGAAUGAAUAUGAUAGCAUCAUUGAAAACUCACCAACUUAUCAAUACAAGAAAUGUGAUGCGAUUUUUGGCAUUAAAAUGAUUAGAAAAUUGAGAAAGUUUAUCGAAUAA